AUGGAGCUUCCCGCCAACUAUUGGUUUAACAAGUUUACAGGUCCAAUCUGGCCAAGCUUUGGGAAGUUGAAGAACCUUCAUGUUGAGUUUGGAAGAAACAACCUUUCAAGAAGCAUUCCAGAUAGUAUAUCAGGGAUGAUAAGCUUGGAAGUAUUGGGUUUGUCUCCUAACAAUAUCUCUGGUGAUACACCUCAUUCUCUGGUACAUCUCAGCUUUUUGUCUGUGUUUAAUGUAUCAUACAAUAGGCUUUACGGGGAGAUACCUUCAGAAGGUCAAUUCAUGACAUUCCCUGAAGCAGGCUUUGAAGGGAACGAGGCUCUCUGGUUCUUUGCAGCUGAGCGGACUAGGACAAUACCAAACCUGCUUAGCAAGGAACCAGUGAGUGCCAUAUCGACAGAGACAACUAGGUUCAGUUAA